UCGGGUAACCGGUUUCAUGUGUUGUUUUUAUUUUAUAAAUUGCUGUUACAUGCUCGAAACUACUAAAUUCGACAAUUAAAUUUUAGCCGAAUAAGAUAUAAGAAUUCUAUGGAUCUCCGAUUCUAAACUAAAUUUUGUUUUGUACACAUAUUUAUUGUGGUAUACUUACCUAAAGAUUAUAUAUGACUUAAAUUUGUAUAUUUUUGCCAAGUUGUUUUCUCUAUGGUUAAUACUAUGUACGUAUUCUGUGACGAUGAGUGGUAAAAAAAAGGGAUUUAAUAAAAUUUGUUUUUCCAAAAUAGCUCAGAGUUUAUCUAAUCGAAAAAAUCUGAUUUUUGACCUUCAUUAUUUCUCCUUUCGCGUCUUAUAUUUGGUUAGCAUAAAUUGAUUUACUUCCUUCAAUGUUUGUUGUUUCAAGAAAUUGCUCUAGUUUGGUAGGCAAAUUAUAUUCAAAAUUUACGUUCGCGAGAAUAUUAUCCACAUCACUACUAAAUAUGGGUGAUAUGCAAAAUAAAUUUAAAUUGCCAAAGCGUUAUGAAGGAAGUGAAAAAAGUGUUUGGGUUGAGUAUAUUCAGUUGGCUUUGGAUUAUAAACCUCUAAAUUUGGGACAAGGAUUUCCCGAUUAUCCUCCUCCGAAAUAUGUCACAGAUGCAUUAAUUCAAGUAGCUUCUAAUGGCCAUAUGCAUCAAUACACAAGAGGUUUUGGACAUCCAAGGUUGGUUGCCGCUCUUGCCAAACUGUAUUCUAAACUGUUAGGCCGUGAACUUAAUCCUCAAACUGAAGUUUUAACUACAUUAGGAGCCUAUGAGGCUUUGUAUUCAUCAAUAACGGGACAUGUAGAUACUGGAGAUGAAGUUAUCAUUAUUGAGCCAUUUUUUGAUUGCUAUGAACCUAUGGUUAGGUAUGCUGGAGGUGUUCCCAGGUUUAUACCAUUGCGACCUAAAAACAAUGGUCCAGUUCAAUCUUCUGCAGACUGGAUCUUGGAUAAGUAUGAACUGGAAUCAGUAUUUAAUUCUAAAACAAAGGCGCUAAUCUUAAACACUCCUAAUAAUCCGCUUGGAAAGGUUUUUACUUACAAUGAACUUUCUUAUAUUGCUGAUUUGUGUAAGAAGUGGAAUGUGCUCUGUAUUUCAGAUGAGGUUUAUGAAUGGAUAGUUUAUGAACCAAAUAAGCAUAUUCGAAUAGCAACUUUGCCAGACAUGUGGGAAAGAACAAUCACAAUUGGGUCAGCUGGUAAAACAUUUAGUGUAACUGGUUGGAAAUUGGGAUGGGCCUACGGACCUGCAAAUUUGAUGGUGAACCUCCAGAUGAUCCAUCAAAAUUCUGUUUAUACAGGCAACACACCUAUACAGGAAGCCACCGCUAUAGCAUUUGAAAAGGAAAUAGCGCGUCUUGGAUCUGAGGAAUGUUAUUUCAUCUCCAUUUCAAAGGAAUUGCAGCCAAAACGGGAUUUCAUGGCAAAAUUUUUGCUAGAAUCAGGAAUGAAACCGGUGGUACCUGAAGGUGGUUAUUUUAUGAUUGCAGACUGGACCCCCCUCGAAUCUCAAGUAGAUCUUAACUCAGAACAAGAUAAAUAUAAAGACUACAGGUUUACCAAAUGGAUGACCAAAAAAGUGGGUCUUCAAGGUAUACCUCCAUCAGCAUUUUACGGUUCUGAGCACAAGAAAUUGGGAGAAAAUUUGGUCAGGUAUUGUUUUAUUAAGGAAGACAAAAAUCUUCAAGAGGCAGCCAAUAUACUUCAAAAGUGGAAGUCGGGAAAGAGUUGAAUGAAUCAUAAUUUACAUACUAUACGUACAUACAUAUCUGCGAAUAUUGCUGUAAUAUAUAUUUUAUUAUGGUGUUUCAGUGAUUUGGUUACA